AUGUCUCGUAUUCCAAGUGAAAGCUUAAUCGACAUCGAAGAUGCUCUAGUGUCACCUUUAAAUCCUGCACGAGAUGACGGAACGCUCGAUUACGAGCGAUGCGCCAGGCUACACAACUACCUGGUCACCUAUGGCUGGAUGGCCCGUCACGGCAAAGGACCUCACGAACUUGAUGAAUUAUUGCAUCGGCCAAAGUACCUUGAUAAUACCCGGUCGAAUUAUCCUAUUAAUCGUCUGCAUCCAGCCAUCAUAGCAUUUCUUAAUGCUGUUAUUUCUCCCGAGUAUGAUGAAGGAAUGUGCUACUUCGUUGGUGAUCUGGCAGUGGAGUCUGCUGAUGAAUUUUUCAUACAUGAGGAGAAUCAUUUUGAGAAUAUUGACCGUUUUGUUAAAAUUUAUGGUACGUAUUAUGAGCUGGGGUCUCAAUGUUUGGGCUUGGUUUAUGAUCAAGAACUCCACCGCGCAGCAGUUCCAUUGUUCAUCGGGAGUCUGGACUGUAUAGAGCCCAUUGCUGACUAUGAGGACCUCUGGAUGCCUCUUGAAACUAUUCUCACUAAUUGGAUACACAUGGUUCACAUCGGAAAGGUCAUUGCUAGUACAACUUUUGAUGAGGACUCAGUGGAGAAGCUGCAAAAUGGGAUGUGGAGGUGGCAAUCCUAUAGUCCUGCCCAGGUUGAUACUGCUGUUGCAGCCAUGAAUCGACUUUUAGCCGCGAUCGAGACUAAAAUGCCUCCAGAGUCGCUUUCUUCGGCCCAUGGAGACAAACCUCUUUUUACUGAUGAAGAUUUAGAUGUGGCAUCUAUUCCACAACACUGCUUCAUUCGCUCAUUCUUGACCCGAGUUCGGACACCUUGUUUUAAAUAUAUUGCACCAGGCCUCGAGGUGCCGCAUAAUGCAGCGGCUUUUUCCGAUCGUCAAAAGUUUACUGGUCUGCCCUAUUCUCCGGAUGAUUCGGGUGAGGAUCAGUAUAUUCCCGCUGUGUUGAUCUUUGCAUCUGCCGAUAGCGAUCGCACGUUAUCUUUCAAUAAUGAAGUUAAAUCGCUGUUCUUCAGAUAUAAUGAUCCCGUGCCAUACAGCGAGGGAUAUCCUAUUCCUGUGGGUUUAUACAGCGAGCCGGUAGACCGUACGUGCGGUAAUAUUGCUGAAGAGGGCUUUCGCCUUGUACUGCCGUUUCAUCAACAGCCGGGUAGAGGGAGCAACGACGGUGCUAGGCAUAGUGAUGGAAGUUUGAUUGGGCGACAGACAUUUACACGACUCUUCCAGCAUGGCAUCUACUACCCAUUUGGAGGAGAGCACCGAGCUCAACGGCUGGAAAGGUUGCUAGAUCGGUGGCGGGAGCUGGUGGAAAAUGGCCAGUGGACAGUGGGGAGGCAUGGAGUAGAGGGCGUUAUUGACAAGUUUCGGGAUGCCGAUGGGGGUGCCUGGAGAGACUACUGGAUUCCACCUGACUGGUGA